GAUAUGGUCGCGAUAGACGAGAUUAUUAUGAUCGUUAUGAUCGUGAUAGAUUUGAUAGAUAUGACCGUGAUCGAACAAAGGGAAGAGAUCGUGAUAGUGGUGACAAACGCUCCACUGAUAAGUCUGAUCUCAAUGAGGAAAAAGAUAAAUUAGAUGAGAAAGAAUUACAGGCAAUACGAGAACGCUAUAUGGGUGGUGAACGUAAAAAACGCAAAAUACGAAAGAUGAACGAGAAAAAAUUUGUUUUUGAUUGGGAUGCUGGUGAAGAUACUUCGCAAGAUUUCAAUCCUUUGUAUGCAAGUAGACAUAAUGCUCAAAUGUUUGGACGUGGCCAUUUCGCGGGCAUUGAUAUAAAAGAGCAAAAACGAAACCGUGCACAAUUUUAUAAUAAAUUAUUAGAAGAAAGAAGAACAUUGGAUCAAAAAGAUCGUGCAGAAGAAAGAAUGGAAAUUGAUAGGAAGAAAGAAUUGAAGAGUAUGUGGGAUGACAGACAUUGGUCUGAGAAACCAUUGAGCGAGAUGAAAGAAAGAGACUGGC